CUAGUUUAAUUAAUAAUCGUUCAUACAUGAUGAGGCAGCUGUUUUUUUCUGCUGCACUUUGUAUAUCCCACUGAGCUGCAAACUUCAGACCAAUAAUACUGAAUCCUGAAUCUACUAGCUAUAGCUAGUUCUAUAAUCUCUAUUCUAUAACACUUCUUCUUCUUCCUAUCGCAACGAACACAAGUGAUAUGCACUUGGACAAAUGGUAAGAUGGUGUGUGGCAGGUUUACAUUAAUGGUGCCUGUGGCUCCAGCGGUAGCUCCCCCACCUCCAGAAAAUCAUGCCAUCUUCGGCUCCUCUUCUUUACUGCCUUAACGAGAAACGCCCCCGGCCGGCCGGCCGCCGUGGUCCAGCCAACUAGCUAUAGUGUCCACCACCACCCCCACGAGCCUUCUAUUAAUUACCUCAACAUUUAUGUCCCCCCGACCAUGCAUUAGGCUACACCAUCAAUUCUUGCUUUAUCAUGCAUCGGCUAACUUAUUGAUAAAUAUUAUGUACUAUAGCUAGCCCAAUAGGUUACUUAGUUCUUCUUCCUUUAAUCUUAAGAGUUCAACAAAGUUGCCCUCUUACCUUUAUCACUAAGAAUAAUUGAUAAUAACGGUCUUAGAAAGUCGUCAUACAUGACUGAUCAUCUGUAGACUAAAAGCACAUUUGGAACAAAUGAGGCUAAAAAAAGGAACCACAAUUGGUCAAUCUUUUCGGGUAACAACGAUGUAUGUGACUACAAAGUGUCUAAUUUUUUUUUGUCCCUAAUGCAAAAUUGCAAUAAGCAACCAUCUUUAUAUAGGAAGAACAACUAAUAAAAGGUUGUAGAUACGAGUAUUUGUUUUGGACAAACAAUUUAUCAAGAAAUGCACAUGUGUGUGUUGGGAACUUUGUGAAUCAUCACGAUGAUGAUAUAUCAUGUUCCUCUAGAUGCCUAUAGGCUAAUUCAAUACCUCCAACCACCAAGAAUUUAUUGAUGUUUUGAUGGUCGUGGAGGGUAAACCAUGUGGGUGUAAUUUAUAACCCCAACUCAUUUCUCAUCCUUAGGGCUCCCCUAUCAUGUGGCCACUGCCCUAUAUAAUUAUGAUUUGCCCCAAAUACAGGUACAAAACCAUCCACUCCCCCUUCCAAACAUUUGCCAACCUAAAUUGCAUUGUGGGUUUGCUUUCUUCUUUCACAACUAAUCUCCUAACCUCAUCGUAAGAUGAUAAUUGAAUCCACUUCUGCAAUCAUACAAUCCAGUCUGAUAUGAUCAAAUUAGAUAAAACCCAAUAUCGACAGAAUUCAGAUCGAGUGCCAGCUUUAACCAUUAAGUUGAAUUGGAUCCAGUUUUAUCAAAACCAGCCUCGCUUGCACCCAAUCCAACAACUAACUAGACAACAACAAUUAACUAGACAACGACAUGAAAAGCUAUACAUACAUUCUUGCAUGUACCGUACCAUCAUCUUCCCCACUAACCCUUUAACACAUAUAAACCCCCCCGAAGCCCUAACCUCCCUCAAACAACAAACUAGAUAGCAAGAACACACUUUCAAUCUUAACACAACCACAAUUCCACAACACAUCAAGUCAUAUCACAACAAACAUUUAUUACCAUACCUACACAACCCCAUUCCCUUCCAAAAAAAAAAACUUCUCCCCAUUCCCUCCCAAUUCCAUCGAAAUCAUGAAGAAGAGCAAGAAGAACACUCCACAUCCAAAUCCCAUCUUCCUAUCCCUCCUCAUAAUCCUCUCCAACAUUGUCACACCUUCAUCUUCCCAAGAAGUCGCCUACAUCCCAAACCCUCGCCUCAUGUCCGCCUACAUCGCCCUCCAAUCCUGGAAGCUCGCCAUCGUCUCCGACCCACUGGGCUUCACCUCCAAUUGGGCCGGCCCAAACGUCUGCAACUACACCGGCGUCUACUGCGCCCCUGCCCCAGACAACCCCGCCCUCCUCACCGUCGCCGGCAUCGACCUCAACCACGCCGACAUCGCCGGAAUCCUCCCCGAACACCUCGGCCUCCUCCGCGACCUCGCCCUCUUCCACAUCAACUCCAAUCGCUUCUGCGGCAAGCUCCCCGCCUCAUUCCUCCACCUCAAGAUCCUCCACGAGCUCGACGUCAGCAACAACCUCUUCUCCGGCCCUUUCCCCUACGUCGUCCUCUACCUCCCUUCGUUAAAAUUCCUCGACAUCAGAUUCAACCAAUUCUUCGGCGAAAUCCCCCCGGAGGUCUUCGAUCUCCCGCUCGACGCGCUCUUCCUCAACGACAACAAGUUCAAGUCUCUGCUUCCGGUGAACCUCGGGAACUCCCCUGUUUCCGUCCUCGUCCUGGCGAACAAUCUGGUCACGGGUUGCAUCCCGCCGAGCGUGGCCCAAAUGGCGGAGACGCUCGACGAGAUUAUCCUCGCGAAUUUGGGCCUGACGGGCUGUUUGAGGCCCGAAAUCGGGGAGCUCAAGGAGCUGAAGGUGUUGGAUCUGAGCUGUAAUAAAUUGGUGGGCCCGUUGCCGGAUUCGAUCGGCGGGAUGGUGAGUUUGGAGCAGUUGGAUGUUGGGCAUAAUAAAUUUUCGGGCCCGAUUCCGAGAGGGAUUUGUUUGUUGCCGAAAUUGGAGAAUUUUGUGUACGCGUUCAAUUACUUCACCAGCGAGCCGGCGGAGUGCGGGAGAUUGCGGGACGGGAAUGAUGAUCGGAAGAAUUGUAUUGUGGGGAGGCCACGUCAGCGAUCGGCGGCGGAGUGCGCGUUGGUUGGGGCGAAUCCGGUGGAUUGCCUUCUUGCCGGGAGUAUAUGUCCGUUUGAGUAAAAACGAGACGGGAGUAGAAAAAAUGGCUGCGGUGUUGGAGUUGUUUUACUAUUUUUGUUAAUUUUUUUUACUGCUGAUUCGACAUGAUAUAGUUACCGCGACGACAGUGGUGGGACUGGGGUAGUCGUUGGAGGUGUAAUGGGGGUGAGAGAAGAAAAAGUUACCGCGGUAUUAAUGUGUGUUUCUAUUAGUUGGUGGGAAGGAUUGGAAGCAGUUAUGGAUGUUAAUUAUUUGCCAAUUGUGCCACUCUAAUAAAUUUAUUGACUUGAAUUAAUAUUGUUUUAUUUUUACCUUUUUUCUGUUAACUGUACCUGUCUGGCUGAAUCUGAUUGGUUAGCAUGGAGGCGGUUGUAUAUUUAUUAUCUUUCAAGUGUUGCAUGCUAUCAAAGAUUAUGAAACUCCUGCCAAAAAAAAUUAAGAAAGUGUAUUUGAGAUUGUAUAAAAACAAAGUUAGCAAUAAAUUUUGUUAUGAAAUUAUGGUUGAACUUUUUCUUACUGCUAUAAAUUGUCAACGCAUCGAGUAUUUUCACUGUCAAAUCGCAUCGUAACACUAGAAUUUACAGGCUAUUCGGUGUAUUGUUUGGACGAGACUUUUAUCAACAGGUCACUGAGGUAAUAGCAUGGCCUUGUGGUGAUAGUACUAAUUCAUGGUAUUAUUUGUUCUCGUAAUGCAUGCUUAUUAAUAGCGACUUUGUUAAAAAAAAUUGAGUGAUAUCAAGAGAGGACAAGAGUUAUAUAAACAAAACUACUCAGGAAACCCCUACAAGCGACACCCUAGUGAAGCCACCCAAUAAAGUCGAAAGACUCUAACUCUAGGAGAGACAAUAGCAGUGUUUUACACGCCACUCUAUGGGCAGCACUGUUGGCGGCUCUAGGAAUCGUCCUAAAUUCUAUACAAACUAACAAAAAAGUCUAGGAUCUGAUGACACUCCUGGAUCAUCGAACCUCCAAAGGAAUUUUCUAGGACACCUUGCCGAAUCUGGUUGACGAACACCUCAAAAUCACCUUCCACCAUAACGUGAGUCAAGGAACUUGAGGCGACGAUGGUGAUAACAUCUCUUACUGCGAGGAACUCUGUUAGGUAAAGGUUGACUACUCCAUGGUAACGCAUACUAGGCUGUCAUCACCACAUGCCCGUCUGACCCAUGGAUAACAAGACCAGACGAACACAUUGAGUCGCGAACAUCUGCAUCGAAGUUGAUCUUCAAAUAGUCUUCUGGUGGAGGCUCCCAAGUCGCAGGAGGAGGAUAUGGGAGGAGCGAUCUGGGGGGGAGGAGGGUGAAAAUUGGAGGCUAGAAGACCUGGUUGUAGAAUUGUAUGACGGACAUGAGGUUGGUAGAAUUCAAAAGUUAUUUUAUUUACUAAACUUCCAGAUUCACCAAUGUAAACAGACGCAUUGGAGAAUGUGGAAUGGGGAUAUCUCAGAAAUCAUGACAUGUCGCCACCAUAUACUUAAAAUAACAGUCGGGGCGGAAUUAUUGAAGUUGCUCAAUCCCACUAAGAUCCACAACGUGGUGGCUAGUGGGCAUCUGAAGAAUAAGUGUUCAAUGCUCUCUUGAUGUCUCCAACACACGUGGCAUCAAUUGAGACAGUUAACUCCACGGGUUUGUAGCGCUACCACUAUGGGAACUGGGAAGAAUGACCUUGAGGCCAUAUGAAGAAUUUAACCUUAGAUUGGCCUUGGAUAUUCCAAGUCUUUUUCCAAAUGCGGAGGUCAAUAAUAUAGACUAUUGAUUUUC